CACCCCCGCCCCGGAGUCCUCGGGAGCCUCGGAGCAGCUCGGCGUGUCCCGACGGGGUCUGCCUCCGCUUUCACUGUCCUUCCUGUUUUUCCAAGAUCGGCAGAAAAUGAGUAAAUCUUUGGGGCCAGUGUCAUUCAGGGACGUGGCCGUGGACUUCACCCAGGAGGAGUGGCAGCAGCUGGAGCCCGAGCAGAAGACCACGUACCGGGAUGUGAUGCUGGAGAACUACAGCCAUCUCAUUUCCGUGGGCUGUCACAUUAUCAAACCGGAAGUUAUCAUCAAGUUGGAGCAAGGAGAAGAGCCAUGGAUAGUAGAAGGAGAAUUCCUACCACAGAGUUACCCAGAAGAAGUCUGGAAAGCCGACGUUCUAGGAGAGAGAGUCCAGGAAAAUGAAAGCAAAUAUUCAAGCCAAGCCGUAUCCAUCAACAAGAAAACCCUGAUUGAAGAGAGAGGUAAUGUUCUUGGUAAGACUUCUAAUGUGGAAACGAAUCCCAUUCCUUCAAGAAAAAUGUCCUAUAAAUGUGACUUGUGUGAAAAGAGUUUGAAAUCUAUUUCAGAAUAUAUUAGUAGUGAUGGCAGCUAUGCAAGAAUGAAGCCUGAUGAAUGUAGUGCAUGUGGGAAACCACUUCCCCAGAUUAAACUUGAGAAAACUCAUCCGGGAGAUGAGUCUUACAGAUUUAAUCAAAAUGGGGACGCUUAUAGUCUAAAUGAAGAAAGUAUUUAUCAUAACAUUAAUAUUUUGGAGAAACCCUUUGAAUAUAUUGAAUGCCAGAAAGCCUUUCAGAAGGAUACAGUUUUUGUUAAUCAUAUGGAGGCGAAGCCCUAUAAGUGGAAUGAAUCUGAAAUAGCCUUUCUGCAAAUGUCCAACCUCCGCGUACACGAGAGGUCUCACAUGGAGCUGAAGCCCUAUGAGUGCAGCGCGUGCGGGAAAUCCUUCUGUAAGAAGUCAAAGUUCAUCAUCCAUCAGAGGACUCACACAGGAGAGAAACCUUAUGAAUGUAAUCAGUGUGGGAAAUCCUUCUGCCAGAAGGGGACCCUCACUGUCCAUCAGCGCACACACACCGGGGAGAAGCCCUACGAAUGUAAUGAAUGUGGGAAAACCUUCUACCAGAAGUUACACCUCAUUCAACAUCAGAGAACUCACUCAGGAGAGAAGCCCUAUGAAUGUAGUUACUGUGGAAAAUCUUUCUGCCAGAAGACACACCUCACACAACACCAGAGAACACAUUCAGGAGAGAGACCCUACGUUUGUCAUGACUGUGGAAAAACCUUCUCCCAAAAGUCUGCACUUAACGACCAUCAGAAAAUCCACACGGGUGUGAAACUCUACAAGUGUAAUGAGUGUGGAAAGUGCUUCUGCCGCAAGUCUACACUCACCACGCAUCAGAGGACCCACACUGGAGAGAAGCCCUACGAAUGUAACGAGUGCGGGAAAUUCUUUUCGCGGUUGUCCUAUCUCACUGUACACUACAGGACUCAUUCAGGAGAGAAGCCCUAUGAAUGUAACGAGUGUGGGAAAACCUUCUACCUGAACUCGGCCCUCAUGAGACAUCAGCGAGUGCACACCGGAGAGAAACCAUACGAAUGUACCGAGUGUGGAAAACUCUUCUCUCAGCUGUCGUACCUCACUAUACACCACAGAACCCAUUCAGGAGUGAAACCCUACGAAUGUAACGAGUGCGGGAAGACCUUUUACCAAAACUCAGCCCUUUGCCGACAUCGGAGGAUACAUAAAGGAGAGAAGCCCUACGAAUGUUACAUAUGUGGAAAGUUCUUCUCUCAGAUGUCAUACCUCACCAUACACCAUCGAAUUCAUUCAGGAGAGAAGCCCUAUGAAUGUAAUGAGUGUGGGAAAACCUUCUGCCAGAAUUCAGCCCUUAAUAGACAUCAGAGGACACACACAGGAGAGAAAGCCUAUGAGUGUUAUGAGUGUGGGAAGUUCUUCUCUCAGAUGUCCUAUCUCACCAUCCACCACAGGAUCCAUUCGGGAGAGAAGCCCUUUGAAUGUAAUGAAUGUGGAAAAGCCUUCUCUCGGAUGUCCUACCUCACUGUACACUACAGGACUCAUUCCGGAGAGAAGCCCUACGAAUGUAACGAGUGUGGGAAGAAAUUCUACCACAAAUCAGCCUUCAAUAGCCAUCAGAGGAUUCACAGGAGAGGGAAUGUGAAUGUACUGGACGUGGGGAGGCUUCUCUGAAGUCGGAGAACCUUUCAGUGUGGUGAGUGGGAGAUGCCUGCUGACGUACGUCAGAGCUCACAUGGGUGUUGUGCACAAGGCUUUGUGUUAGUCACACUCGAGGCCUGAAAGUUCACAGGGUAGGAACCACAACUGUAACGACCACAGCACUUGUCGGAUUCCA